CUGGAGCGAGCGGCAGCGGCGGGAGCGAGCGAGCGAGCGAGCGAGCGGCUGGGGCACGGCGGAGGCAGCGGCGGUGACGGUAUGGCUUCGUCGCAAGGGAAGAACGAGGUGCGGUUCGCCGACUGGAUGGCAGCUUUGCCCAGCAGCAUCCACCGUACCCCGCUCACCAAUCUGGCCAUCCCAGGGUCUCAUGACUCAUUUAGCUUCUACAUCGAUGAAGCCUCUCCAGUUGGGCCUGAACAGCCAGAAACGGUGCAGAAUUUUGUGUCUGUUUUUGGGACUGUGGCUAAAAAGCUGAUGAGGAAGUGGUUGGCUACGCAGACCAUGAACUUCACCAGCCAGCUCGGGGCAGGUAUACGGUAUUUCGACCUCAGAAUUUCCACCAAGCCCAGAGACCCGGACAACGAACUCUACUUUGCUCAUGGCUUAUUCAGUGCCAAAGUGAAGGAGGGCCUGGAAGAGAUCAAUGCAUUUCUGGCUGAGCACCCAAAGGAAGUGGUCUUCUUGGACUUCAAUCAUUUCUAUGGGAUGCAGAAAUAUCAUCAUGAAAAGCUUGUUCAGAUGCUCAAAGAUACAUACGGCAACAAAAUGUGUCCUGCUAUAUUUGCCCAUGAAGUAAGUCUCCAGUACCUAUGGGAAAAGGAACACCAAGUGCUGGUGUUCUACCAUAGCCCAGUGGCUCUUGAAGUACCGUUUCUUUGGCCAGGCCAGAUGAUGCCAGCCCCCUGGGCAAACACAACAGAUCCGGAAAAACUGAUUCAAUUCCUCCAGGCGUCAAUCACUGAAAGAAGAAAGAAAGGCUCCUUUUUCAUCUCUCAAGUAGUGCUGACACCAAAGGCUAGCACGGUGGUGAAAGGUGUUGCUAGUGGUCUCAGAGAGACAAUCACAGAAAGGGCUCUUCCUGCAAUGAUGCAGUGGGUCCGAACUCAGAAACCAGGAGAAAGUGGUGUGAAUAUUAUCACUGCAGAUUUUGUAGAACUUGGUGACUUUAUCAGCACAGUCAUAAAGCUCAACUACGUCCUGGAUGAAGGUGAAGACGACACUACUUGAUAAGAUUGCGAUAUGCGUGUUGCUGCAUUGUUUAGAAUUGAAAAGAGAGGGGAGGGGGGAAGGAGAAUUAAAAAAAAAAGGAAAAAAAUCAACAACAACAACAACAAAAAAAGAUUGCAUUUUAAAAAAUAAUUACCUUGUACAACACUAAUCUUCCUGUAACACGCUGAAGUGUUUAGGGCUUUAGUGGGUGGAUGUAGGGGAAAUGUUUUAAUCAGUUAUGAUGAUUUUAAUUUUUUUUUUUACAUUUGUGUUUCAUGUGAAGAGCAAAACUAAAAUGUGUUUACAGUGUUUGAUUAAAGAAGGCCAUUUACUUGUUUUCCAUGAGGUACCAGAUGUGCUUCACAUGUCUUCUGUGGUUCUGAACAGUGCCAAGAAAUCCGCUGCUUUCAGAGAGUGGGACAGUAUGUUGCCCUCUGCCUGCCCACACACAGCAGAGUUCCUGAUGGUGUGUGAGUGUUACAUGGGGAAACUGAGAGCAGUGUAUCUGGCCUGAAAAUUUGAUGCCUCUACACUUUAUCUUUUAUGUAGUUUAACACUGACAGUGUUUUAUCAGUGAGCUACAGGUUUAAAUGCCUUUUGUGAAGUAAAUCCAAAGUCAUGUCUCUAACACGUACGUAAUCAGUGGACAGUAAACAUGGUGUUCUACGUAGCUUGCACAGAGCAAUGACUAAAUCCUGCUUGCUUUGCGUCCUCAAAAUGAGUUUUUCUGAUGUCUCUGCAGGUCAAGUAGCUACUGGCCUAACUCUAUACUAGGAGCUUUUCAGUGCAUAUUUUCCCUGGUUCUAGCAGGAACAAAGGACACUUUACAGCACCAUUUUCUCACAGGAUUAAUCUUACAUAAGACCUUGAUCCAACAUCAACUGAAUUUAAUAAGACAUUUUCCUGAGUUUAGCCUGGAUUUGGCACAAUGAUCACUAAAUUGUAUGAAUUGUGAAGUGGGGAGGAUUUUAUGCCGUAAUGGAAACCAGCUUUCUACAGGACUAAAACUGCAUUUAUUGAAAAACAGGUGCUGUCCAGGCUUCUCUUUAAGGCAGCUACAAAUGCAGUACUUCUCUGCCAGUUGCAAAGAAAAUCAGCACCAGUUUUCACCAGUGAAAAAUGGCUGCACUGGAGAGUGUAGCAGUUUGUUUAUGGUUAAUAACAAUACUUUUUAGUCCCCCUGUUUGUGGGAGGUAAUCCUGCAUGACACAAGGUUGUAAGUAUGCUUAAUGGCUCUGUUCCAGCAGCAGAAUUGCUGAUCAUUGUACUUUUAAUGAAACAUAUGUAGAGCUCAAAUCUAUGGAAGACAUAGUGAUUUACAACGUGUGAGCAUCACCACUGUAUGACACCUAACUGGGUACAGUGCAAUCAGUCCUAUCACUUCUGGACACAUCAAUGCACAGGCACACAACUCUGGAAAGCAAAACAUUCCAUUUGUGCAAAACAGUAGAUGCUACAAUAUCUGCUCUGGAGGCAAAUGUUCUUUGAAAUAUCACAGGGCUUUAGGGGAUAAGACUCGAAGAUCAAAGUUUCUGCUGAUAUAACUAGAACUUUUGUUUGAGUGGGAGAAGUGGAUGGCAUCAUAUGGUCCAUUGCUGUUUUCUGUCGGGUGAGAAGGACUAGAAUCAUAGGACUAGAAUCACUACCAUCUACUAUCCAAGUUUAGAACAAUGAAAAUGUUCUUCUCAUCCAGGUGGGUUGUGGGAGGGUUAUAGGGCAUUUGUUGGAAUUAUUUGGGUUGUUUGGGUUUUUUUAAGUUUAGGAAGAAGUAGAAUAAAAUGAACACUUGCUGCUAUUUUGUAGUGAGAGGGUGCCUUGGAAAAUGUGUGUGUGUGUGUGUGUAUGU